AAGAGCCCUUGUCAUCUCUCUCUCUCCUUCAUAUAGAGCCCUUUCCCACUCACAACUCAACACACACAAAGCAACGCACCAAAUCCACACAAACGAAUAAUAUCUCUCUGUUUCUACUCUCUCUAGAGGUUUCAUCAUGAAAGGAGCUAAAUCAAAGGCUAAAGCUGAUACCAAGCUUGGUGUAAGGAAGAAGGCUACUGAGAGUAAGAAAGCGAAGAACGCUGCUAAGGAUCCAAACAAGCCUAAGAGGCCUCCAAGUGCCUUCUUCGUUUUCAUGGAGGAGUUCAGGAAGACCUACAAGGAGAAGCACCCAAACAACAAAUCUGUUGCUGUUGUUGGCAAAGCUGGGGGAGACAAGUGGAAACAGUUGUCAGAUGAAGAGAAAGCACCUUACCAAGCCAAGGCUGAGAAGAGGAAGGCUGAGUACCAAAAGAACAUGGAUGCAUAUAACAAAAAACUGGCUGCUGGUGAUGCUGAUGAUGAGGAAUCUGACAAGUCCAAGUCUGAGGUACAUGAUGAUGAUGAGGACGAUGAUGGAAGUGAAGAGGAGGAUGAUGAUUAAACAAUCAGUAGGCUGUUGAAAUCCAGAAAAUGGUGGAAAAGUUCAUGUAGGAAUUGCUAUCAGUCCUUCCCUUGAUAAAUAGAUGCCCUCUUUUUUACAUUUUUUUUAGUUUUUGUUCUUUGGGGGUUUAGUUUGGACAGAAAGUGAAAUUCAGAUGACUUGCCUUGAAAGCUCAAGUAGUUUAUGUAAUUUCUCUAUUAUGUUGGUGUUAAUGAAAAAUUUAGCUUGGGAA